CAUCAACAGAGUCUCAACAUGGCGAGUAAUAGCGCAGGCUAAGAGCGGGGUUAGCGUCUUUCCCCUUCACCCCUUCUGUUAAAGCCUGAGGAAUAGUGUGCAGCAGCCCUCGAAAAAUUCUCAAAAAGAGUUUGAAUAAUGGAAAUGCGAGGGAUUGAUCAGAUGUUCGACUUCCAGCGGCUACCAAAUGAUGGCUUCAUCUUGCUGCUGUUGUUGCUGUACACCCCUGUCGGCCUCUGUUUGAUGCUAUUACGAAUAUUUAUUGGUGUCCACGUGUUCCUAGUGAGUUGUGCACUCCCUGACAGUGUUGUAAGAAGGUUCAUAGUGAGAAUGAUGUGCUCCGUGCUGGGCCUUCACGUCAGGCAGAACAGCCUGCGUUUAUGGGACAAAAGCACCCGACUGUACGUCUGCAAUCAUGUUACACACUUCGACCACAAUAUUAUUAACCUUCUGACCUCCUGUAACACGCCUCUACUGGAGGGCCCCGCUGGGUUCUUGUGCUGGGCGAGGGGUUAUAUGGAGCUGGGUCAGGAUGUAGGGAGCAGGUUGGAGCUGACAGAGAUCCUCCGCAGGUACUGCUCGUCUCCCGGUGCUUUACCCCUCCUGCUCUUUCCAGAGGAGGACACCACCAACGGCCGUGCUGGCCUCCUAAAGUUCAGCUCUUGGACUUUCUCAGUGUCUGACUCCAUCCAGCCUGUGGCAUUGCUGGUCAAGAGGCCUUUCAUAGCUGUGAAUACCCCAGAGUCUUCAUGGCUGGCAGAACUGUUGUGGGCCUUUUUUGUACCAUUUACAGUGUACCAUGUAAGAUGGCUUCCUCCGUUGUCUAGAGAAGAUGGCGAAACUCAUCAAGAAUUUGCCAGCAAAGUCCAGGAGCUUCUGGCGACUGAGCUGGGUGUGAUCUCCACACAGAUCACUAAAGCAGACAAAGCAGAACACAUCAAAAGAAAUAGACGCACUGUCCCUCGGACUGCACACUCAAAUUUGGGUGCCAGACCUCGUACAGUGGCACAGAGUUUCCUGGGCACACGUACAGGGACUGAAGACUCGCGUGUAGUGCGUAUGGCGCAGCAGGUGAAGGAAGUGCUGCCUGAUGUCCCCCUCUCUAUCAUCACCAGAGAUUUGUUGCAAACAAACUGUGUUGAUACAACCAUAACCAACCUGCUGGAACACAAUGACCAGUUCCACUCAGAGGCUUCUGUGGGCACAGCAUCAGUUCCAGCCAAACCAGCAGCUUACUCCACCCCAUCUGCUACUGCACCUGAUCUAAAGCUACAGCCAGCUGCCAAAUCUUUUGAGAAAACACCAGUAGACAGACAUAUGUCCCUACAGGAGAGAAAAGACGCCUUGUAUGAAUAUGCAAGAAGACGAUAUAUUGAAAAAGGACGGAACAAAGAGGACGAUCUAUGACUGCGGACAAAGACACACCUGAGGAAUUGUUUAGGAAAGAAACAACUGCUUAACACAAAAAGAAGAAAUUAUAACAUUGACCCAGAACGAAACAACAUGUGUUCGCCAAACUUGCUGAGAGAAGACUGAUUUCUGUCAGACUGGAUUUUUUUUCUUUCUUUUGCAUGGCAGUCAUGCAUGUCUUUUAAUUUCUCUCUGCAACAGAAAAUAAUUAUUUUGGUAAACAGUUUCUAUUCAGACUCAGUGACCUUGGCACACUUCAUAUUAUUUUUAUAAGGUCCAGAUCAGGGGUAGAGAAUGGGGUUCAUAGACACAAAACACAUCUUUAGGUUCUUUGUUGUUAAGGAUUUGUGUUGAUGCAAUUUCUGCUUUUUAAGUCAUUAAAGAUCGUAUAGAAAAAAAAAAUGUGUCACUUGUCCAGAGAUGUAUUAAAGACUGUAAAGUGCAUCCACUUAAAAAAUAACUUUAAACCUAUCAAAGUGAAAUUUGACAUUACUUUUUAUUGCAUUAUGAGUUCUCAUCUUGUAAUAGUCAUGCGAAAGGGACUGCGGUUCAGUUUGAAAUGGCCACUCGACGCAGAUAAGUUUGGGGAAAUAUCCAUGCAUCUUCUCCCUGAAAACAAGAAAAUAAAUAUAUCUAAGUUCUUUGUUAUGUUCCCCGCUUUGAAUGUCGACAGCCGUUACAGCCGCCUGUUAAACCAAUGGCCAUAAAGUCUCUGUAGUGACGCCUGCAUCUGGAAGC